GAGGGAUGAGUCUCAUCAUCACAUGGUCCAUCCAUAUGCCCGGAGAAAGUGAGCGAUCAUCGCAGUCUCUGCGCUCUCGAAACUCAAUCAGAGAGUAGGCGGCAGUGUACAGCAGAUGAACUGAGAGCAGAAGAGCAGCCAUGAUAGCGAGCCUGAGCCUGCAGCUGUGUGCGCUGGAGGAGAGCUGAGGAGUAAAAGUCUCUUCUCUUCUCCUCUUCUCUCUCUCUUCUCUUCUCUUCUCGCUGAGGAUGGCAGGGAUGCUGCGCGCCGCAUCACUCUCUCCGGCUCUGUGAAACAAACGCACGGUGCCCUGGACGAGCCGUACGGCAGGACCUGUGUGUGUGUGUGUGUGUCUGCAGCUCAGUGGAAUGUUUUCAGAUCUCCCCAAGGUGCUGAUACUGGGGGCCAUCGCAGCGGCCUCUGCCUUCGUGGUCACCAUCCUUAUCGUCUUGGUGUGUGUGGGGUGUCAGAGAAAAAGCAAGAGCAAACAUGGCCAAGCCAACGGAGGGGGUCAGAAAUUGGAAACAGCUGCGCUGCGCCAGUCCAAGCUGAACUCAAUGAGUAAAUCUGACACCCGCCUGCAUGACAUGCACAGGCUGCCCUGCAACGCCAACGGCGCCCCUAAGAGCCGGCCGGCCAGCAUGGACCUCCUGCUCCUGCAUACCCGCCGCUCCAAUUCUGACCUCCGACCCAGCCCGGCCCGCCAACUGCCUCGCGUUCCCAACAAACCUGACAGCGAGGAACGUGAGCACACCUACUCCGAAGUUUCCCGCCACGCCUCUCCCACGUCCCUCCCACCAGAUGACGGCCUGUAUGAGAGCGUUGGAAUCAAAGGGGCUGAUAAAGCUGCUCCGCCUGCUGCCCUUGUCCCGCCGUCAACCAACACGCCCACUCAGCGCCGAGCCCACAGCCCGACGUCCAGUGGGAAUGGCCAAGGUGGAAGCAGAGGAGGCGUGAGUCAAGAGGCGGUGACGGCAGAAUACGCCUCUAUACGGAAGAUGAAGAAGCUGGAGCGCGGCAGGAGGGAGGAAGUGGUGGAGGAUGGAGAAAGGGAGCACCAGAGCGUGUCCAGCAGCGAGUCCUCCAGCAGCACCUUGCCUAGGAAAUCCGUGGAACCAUUUCACCUACCCAAUUUCCCAAAGGAGGCGGUCUUCAUGGGCAACGGGGAGCAGUACAUUUGGAAACCACCAGAAGAGGAUGAGAUCAUCGUGCCAGGGGUUCCUCAGCUGGAGAACGGACACAGCCAUCCCACCGCCGUGGAGAUCUCUGACAUGUACUCUACCGUUUGUAAGACCCUGAAGAGGAGACACCAGCAGGGCCAGAGCCAGGAGGAGAGCAGGCCGAUGGCCUCUGCUGCGCCCCAGGAAGAGGACAGGGGUGCCGCGGGCUGGCCCGCUGCCGGAGCCACGGGGGAAGAGGCGUGGGGGAGGACCGGCUCCCAGGAGGAGCCCUGCUAUGAACCUGUGGGCGAGAAGACGUGGCCCCGGGGCCUGGCAGUGGAGUCGGACCCGGCUUACGCCACCAUUGAUUCCCACCGGAAAAGGGAGAAGCUGGCCAGCAACACGCUGAAGCCCAAAAAGAAGCCCGCCCAGGGUCCGGGCAGGGCCAUGACCUGCGAGAACUUUUACGAGACAAUCGGCGAUGUGAAGCAGGGAGCAAACGCAGCGAGCACCACCACUAUCUUUACCUUUAACGACGGCAUGGAAAUGUACGUUACGGGGCUAUAAAAAACAGCCUGACUUAAACCGUCAAAUGAAACACACCUACAGAGGGGGAAAGAACAAACUGCAGCCCUCUUGUUGUGACAAAUCAAAAGAUACACACAGCUUACAGCUGCCAAACACAUGCAAACCUACAGUACAUAACCAUAUGACCAAUGUAUAUUUAUUGGAGAGCAACACUCAUGCAGACUAAA